ACAGUAUAAGGUAUUGCUUCUGCCGCUUAAAAAUUGCGCCCAAUUAAAAAAAAACUUAGCAGCACCAUCUAGCGGUUGGAAACGCUAACUAAAAGUAUUGUAAUAGGAGAGCAGAAAGGUGAAAGAAGGUAUCUGAUAAAAAAAGAGGUGAACUCCCGCCAAAACUGUACGCAUGCGCAGUGAAGGUGGGGGUAGGCGCACUUUCAAAAUGGUGUCGGUAAAUCGGUAAAUCAAUUAAAGGGAUAGUAAUAACUCAUUAAUUACGCAAUAAAUCUACAUAUAAUUGACUGUAUAUUAUUCGUGAAGGCCCAAAGAACAUUAUACGAGCUUAAAAGUGUAUAAAAUAUUGCUAGGAAAUGAGAAAAUGAGAAAGUAAUUCGAUAAUCACUAUACGGGUGCAGGAACCGCGCGAGCAGGCGUUCUUAAACUAAUUAAUAUUUGUUUAUUUGCAGGUGCAACGGAUACAUGGUGUAUAAGGGAAUGUAACUAAUGGACAUGACUAUAUUCUUUCAUCAUAAAAGUGUACAAGUUGCUAUCGAAAAAGAAGUAAUUGAUUAUGCUUGGCUGCAAAUGUCAUUUAUUCUACAUCCGCCAUUACGUCGGCACCCUUCUGCGCAUGCGCGCAGUUUUGGCGGGCGGAUAUUUCUGUUUGCCGGAUACCUCCUUAGUAUUCUGCGAUCCUGGUACCAGGAGCACACCCCAAAAUCCCAAUCGCUAGAUGGCGUUGCUAAAUUUUUUACUCGGGGAAAUUCAAAUAGAAUUUGUUGAAAUAAAAGGUUCUAUUUAAUUGUAAUAAUGGCUGAAACAUCGUAUUCUAAAGUAGCGAAUGAUUCACAGUUUUUUCGCAAUGAACCUGCAAAUUAUACUGCAGAAAUUCGACAAAUGAUGCAUGGAUUUGGUGACAGCAGCGAACCAUUAAUCGAAUCUGCAAAAAUCAUCGAAGAAGUUGUUCUACAACAAAUGAGAACAAUUAUAAGAAAGGCUUGCGAAGUUUCUGAAAGACGAGGGAAUUCAAAGAAAGGCAUUUGUAUUUCUGCCGAAGAUUUAAUUUUUUUAUUACGCAAAGAUAAAAUGAAGUUACAGCGUCUCCUAAAAUAUUUAGAAUUGAAGGAAUUCAAAUCUUCGGUACACAAGACAAUAGAGAGCGAUUUACCCGAGAAUUUUGUACAAAGCGAUAAUUUAGAAGGAUGUAAAAAUAAAGGACCACUUUACAGUUUCCUAAGUUUGAUUGAUAAUACUGGGGAACUUCUGGAAGUGGCAUCCACUAUAGAUGAAGUCAAACAACAUAGGUGUAUUCGUGCUGAAAUUGUUACACGUUCAAUGGAUGAAGCUAGAUACUUAAAAUUUAGUAAAGCACGCAAUGCAUCAUUUGCAAAUAAAAAUAGACAUAAAUUUAGUGAUUGGUUAUUGACUGACAGUGACAUAACAAUAUCCAAACAAGGAUAUACAAUUUUGGGAUAUUUAGCAUAUGAAACAGUAGCACAAAUUGUAGAUUUGGCAUUGUUAGUAAGACAAGACCAAAAUAAAAUAUAUGGAGAUUCUAUAGACAGGCUCAGACUUAGUUAUGUUAAUCCAUACACUUAUAAACCAUAUUACCAUGGCAAGGUUGCAAUAACAAAAUCAAUCACACCAGCAGAAAUAAUUGAAGCUCUCAGAAGAUUUUGGUCUCCACAAUUAGAUAUGACAGGUCCAUUCAAUAGUUGGUCAAUGCGGAAACCACAUUUAAAGCUCUUAUCUUGUUGACAUAAACAGAUUCCAAAAGGAAAUCAAUCAAAAUCAGCACAAGACUUAUUGAAAAUUAUUGAAACAACUGUUUGACAAACGUGUAUUUUAAAAGACCCGCCAUAAAUUAAAUAUUUUCGACUAUGGCGCUAUCUAUACUAGAACGGCGGAAACUA